GUCCUUCUCUCUCCCCAUCAGAAAAGGGGAAGAACCCUAGAUAGCAAUUUUACAACCUGCAAGUUCUGCUAGCAGGCAAUGUGGUAGAUGGGUUGAACGGGAAUAAAAUAAAAAAUAUAUAUUUAUCAGAGUUUAUUAUUCGUUUAUAUAUAUAAUGGACGACGAUAGCGGAUUGAACAUCCGCAAUUGGGGUUAUUAUGAACCCUCCUCCCUUAAAGGGCAUCUCGGUCUACAGCUCAUGUCAACUGUGGCAGAGAGAGACACUAAAUCUCUUCUCUCUGGGCGCGAAUCUGCCGUCAUGGUUAAUGCUAAUGGAGCUUUCCAUCACAGAGACUGUGGUGUUUCAGAAGCACCAGUCCCCAUGGAUUUUGUGAGAGAUGGUUGGAUGAACCAGAGAGAUAAGUUUUUGCAUGUGUUACCGGGGAACCCCAAUUUUGCUCUGAUAGCUGAAGCGUCUGGAACUCAUCCCAUUCAAAUGCUACAGCCACCUGAGGCAUCGAAGGAUGAAAGGUUGGUUCGUAUGGAAGAGGUAGCUGGUAAGAAGGAGGCACCUUUGAAGAAAAGGCAAGGUGGCCGCACCCAAAACACCCAAAAGUCUCCGAAACCAAAGAAGAGUAAAAAGGCCCCUGGUGUGCCAAAGGAUGAGUGUAAUUCUUCUGUCCCAAGAGCAAAGCCUGGGAAAAAGAACACUGAAGUAGUCAUAAAUGGGGUUGAUAUGGAUAUUUCGGGUAUUCCGAUCCCUAUUUGCUCAUGUACUGGAGUUCCUCAACAAUGUUAUCGAUGGGGAUGUGGUGGGUGGCAGUCAGCAUGUUGUACAACUAGUAUAUCUAUGUAUCCCUUGCCAAUGAGUACAAAAAGGCGGGGUGCAAGGAUAGCAGGGCGGAAAAUGAGCCAGGGAGCUUUUAAAAAGGUAUUGGAGAAACUUUCUACUGAAGGUUAUAACCUUUCCAAUCCGAUUGAUUUGAGGACUCACUGGGCAAAACAUGGUACCAACAAAUUUGUCACUAUCAGGUAGAUGUACAAUGUGGAUUCCAUAAUGGGCCUCCAAUUGCUUUUGGUCUGUUUCUCCUGUAUAUAUACUUGUGGCCUGUUGCAGAGGCUUCUCGGAUAGUUUGUAGUCAGAUGAAUUUUCUCAGUCAUGUUUCAUGUCUUUUAAAUUCAGACAUUCAGGUUCCCUGGAUAUGUUGUUUCCUUUUUCUUUUCUGCAGUUUAAGAGUUAUCAAUUUUAUCUGGGUGCCAGGAUUUAGGAGAUGUGGAUGAGAUUUGAUUUCUUGGAUCCCUGUAGGACAAUUUACUUCGGCAUUACUUUUUACUGAUGUUAUCGAAAGAACAGAUUUUGGUUGGUA